GGACUUAAAAUGUAAAGCCAAUGUGUUAAUUUUUGACGAGCACAGGGGUCGGGGGUCACAGCAGAAGAAUUUACCAAAGCCUUGUCUGGUAACCCGCCGGACCAUAGAGACUCAGAGUGAGUAAGGUCUUCUGCAGAGAGCUGAGACAAGGACUUGCAAAUUCACUUAACUACAAAAAAGACGAUGACUAACAGUUUGAAGAUCCAGUUCGUCUCUACUGCAGUCAUCCUGCUCAUUUUACCACUGAGUUCAUCCAUCAAAGCAAGAAAAUGUCCUAAAGAGUGCAGCUGUGAUGACACCAAACUCAUAGUAGGCUGCGUUGGCAAGAACCUAACACACAUUCCCCCAACCAUAGACGAGAAUACUGUGAAACUUGACCUGAGGAGUAACAACCUGCAGAUGCUAUCCAGGGGGGCAUUUAUGCACACACCGUUCCUCACUCACCUCAACCUGCAGCGCUGUAAUAUUGUCAAGGUGAAGGAGGGCGCUUUCCGUGCUCUUGGCCGCUUGGUCUCCCUAAACUUGGCCAACAACAAGAUCGACAUCCUUUACCAGGAAUCCUUUGAUGGGCUCUCAUCUUUAAAGGAGCUGCAUCUUGACCAUAAUCGUAUUGAGGAGAUCCAGCCUGGAGCCUUCACACAGCUUGGCUUCCUAAACAUGUUGGUCCUCACCCACAACCAGCUGGUUUACAUCCCCAACAUGGCCUUCCAGGGUUUGCAGAACAUCAAGUGGCUUCGUCUUAGCCAUAACUCCUUGAACAACCUGGCACCUGAAGCGUUCACUGGGCUGUUCACACUCAGUCGUCUCAACCUGGAUCACAAUGAGCUCCAGUUCUUCCCCACACAGACAAUGACGAGACUCCCUGAAGUCAGACGACUGGAUAUGAGCUACAACCCUAUGACAUACCUUGGGGAGGAAUCUGUGUUCAUGGCGAAGCUUACACACCUUUACCUUAACCACAUGUCCCUUCAGGACCUAUCAGACCAGGCUUUUUCUCAAGCCCCUGUCCUCUCUCAGGUGGACCUCAGCCACAAUCAGCUUCACUACCUCGAGCGCCUCUCAGGCCCUAAAGAUUUAAUCACCCUCAACUUGACUGGAAAUCCAAUCUACUGUAAUUGCUUCAUGCGGCCCCUGAAAGAGUGGGCAACAGCUGGAGGUGUGAAGCUGUUGGGAGCGUGUGCUGGACCUCCUCACCUUGACGAUGAGCCGCUGCAGGCAGUCACUUCCCUGGAUCUACGCUGCCGCAGCAGGGGAGAGAUUCUGAAGGAGGAGGAUGGGAAGGAGCAGGAGAGUAAAGGAAGUAUCCCAACCACAGCCACACCCAAGCAGUCAGUCAAGUGUCCACUUAACUGUGAAUGUGAUACUGAAGCCCAUCAUGCUACAUGUGAGGGUUCGGGUCAUACCAAAGUCCCGCGGGGUUUCCCUAUCAAGACUCAACUGCUCGAUCUCCGUGGCAACCACUUCCACUUCCUUCGUGCCCGCAGCUUCCCAGGCACUAGCCAAGUUGUAUCACUUCAUCUGGAGUUCUGUAAAAUCCAUGAAAUUGAAGGCAAUGCCUUCCAGGGAAUGAAAAGUCUGCUUUAUUUAUAUCUUUCUGACAAUUACCUCACAUCCUUGGAUCCCAGAGCCUUUGCUGGAGUGCCAGAUCUCACCUACCUCCACCUAGAAGGGAACCAGCUGGUACAGUUUCCUGGAUCAGCUCUUUCUCUGACACCAAAUUUGUUUGUGUUACAUCUGGAGCGAAAUUCAAUCUCCAAACUGGAGCCCAGUGGUUUGCUGUCUUCUGUAACCCCAACACUUAGGGAACUAUACUUGAGCAACAACACCAUAACUGUUAUUGCCAAGGCUGCUUUGAGCUCUGCAUUCAUAGAAACUCUUCAUUUGGAUUCAAAUCAGCUGACUGAGGUUCCUACUGAUGCUCUACCUGAGGCCCCGAAUCUGGAGGAGCUCAACCUUUCUCGAAACUCAAUAGGCUGGGUUGGACCAAAAGCCUUUCAGUCCAUAUCCCAAAGUCUCAGGAGGCUUUACAUGGAUCAUAUGGGAAUGGAAAAGAUGUCUAAGGAUGUGUUGCUGGACCUGGGCCCAGGGCUGAAAGUGCUGACUCUAAGAGGAAACCAGUUGAAGGUGCUCCCUGACCUUAGCCCACUCACCGGACUAGAGAUGGUGGACCUGCAGGACAACCCCCUGCUGUGCGACUGUGCUUUGGAGCCUCUCCACAGAUGGGUGGAGAAUGUAAGGUUGGAGGUGACAGCGACCUGCGAUCUCCCUCCUGAGCUCAGAGGUCAGCAGGUCAGGGACGUUCCUGUCUUCACCGCCUGCCCAAAAAUCAUUGCUCCUUCAAAUGAGACGGCUGCUGUAGAACCAAGAAUUUCAAAGAUGCAGAAAUCCAAACCCAGCUCUUUGAAGCCCCGCAAAGUCAAAGCUAGACCAGGAAGAGCCAAAAUACAAAAACAACCCAAGAAACCUUCCCAGAUGGCAAAAAAGACAGAGAACAAGAAGACCGUGAACAUAACUAACUGAAUUUUGUUGUUUUUAAUUAACUGUGCUAUCAUUGUAAA